CAAGAAAUCUUGUGAAGCAUCAUUGUUUGCGGGACGGAGACCAAACACGAUGGUGAAAUGUUUCAACCUCACUCAUGGUGAAAGGACCUGCUCUCCCCUCCCCACCCUCUCUAAGCUUUAUGUCCGGCCUUUCAGGGUCUGUUUGACUUACAACACCAGACUGUACUCUUACAACCGACUCUUAUGGCCAUAGCCUAAGAAACAAAGAUAUGACACACAGAGUUCACGCCCCGGUCAGUGAUGGCUGCUAAAAUCUCUACGGCCACUUUCCAGCUAACUAGAAGACUCGCAAGCCUUUAGAUUGCGAGACUCCUGUGAUUAGCAUCCCCCCUCCCUAUCAUGAAGGCACAGAAGCUACGAAUACAUCUAGUAGCAUGCAGUCAUCUUGCAGGGUAGGCAGUUUGUCCUCUCUCUACUCGCCUCAUUCUUCUUCUUGGAAGCUUAUAAGUUUUGGAAAUUAGAGCUGGCCCCCAGACAGCGGGGCUCGACUCACAGUCCUACAGUUGCGCCAGAUCUCGCUGCUGCUGCUGCUGCUGCUGCUGCGGAGCGGAGCCAUCAGCGCGCUUAUCAUGAGAAGAUCUCGAGAGAGAGAGCGAGAAGAGCUUUUCCCGGUGGGAUUGGCAUUAUGAACUCGUUCCCCUCUCUCGACGUGCUCGAGCGACGAUUAUGGCAGCAGUAAGUAGCAGAUUCUGAUCAGAAGGCCACUCAGCGAGCAAGCGUCGUCUGCGAAUCUCCAAAUUCUGUUUCGGUUACCGAGUGCGUCCGUCCGAGAGGUAUCCGUUAAUGGAGCAUUGAUUCUGGACUCUAAGGAGCUGGAGUCCAAGUCGGGCGGUCGGGCCGGCUGUGCAGCUGCGUGGGCACACGACAGCUUCACACGGCCCUGUCGAUUCGGAACGAUUCGACGAAUGCUGCUUGGAUUUGGAGAAAUGCGCGGUCGGAACAAUUUCGUUGGGCUCUGACUGAAGCGGAGGAGAGAGAGAGAGAGAGCGAGCUAGGUCGAGAGGCGGUGAAAUCCCCUGUCCGCUGUAGUUUGCGUUCUCUUCGCGAAUCGUGCAGCUUCUGACGCUCACGCUUGUCAGAAGUUGAGCGCCCGCUGUAGCUCUCGAGAGCGGAGAGGAGCAGGAGCAGGAGCAAGAGGAGGAGGAGGGAUUUCAUCGUCGCAUCCCGUUCUCCGCUCUCUGCUCGAGUGGCAGAAGAUGCGUCGCUCGUGCAUCAUCGCUAACGCGAGGACAUCACCUUGAGCUUUCUCGAGUCGGCAGGGGUCAGGCCGACGAGGAGAAAGCCAGGAAGCAGAGUGCGGACGAGAUGAGGUUUUCUCUGUGUCGAGACGAAGGGUCCUAUUUCGCGUGCCAACCGGCGAUGGGCGUGGGCGUGGGCGUGGGCGGGGGCGGGGGCGGAGGAUUGCUGCUGGAAAAUUGCGGGCCCUCGUCUUCAUCAUCGUCGUCGGAGCUGAGCAUCCCCGAGAAAGCGGUGAAGCUGCGAGUGUUCAGCCUGGCGGAGCUGGAGGCGGCCACAGGGCGCUUCGCGAAGAGGAGCUUUCUGGGGAAAGGCAGCCACGGCUGCCUGUACAAGGGAAUCCUCAAGGACGGGAAGCUGGUGUCGGUCAAGAGGCAGGAGUAUCUGCAGGACGAAAUCGCCUUCAACAACGAGCUCGAGCUGCUGUGCACGCUGCGCAGCCAUCGGUUCGUGAAUUUGCUGGGAUUCUGCAAGGGCCCCGACGCGCACGAGAAGCUGCUGGUGGUGGAGCACAUGGCGCACGGAUCGCUGCACGACGUGCUGCACCACGGGCCCGAGCCUCUGAGCUGGGCCAUGCGCGUGAGCAUGGCGCUGCAGGUGGCCAAGGCGCUGCUGGCGCUGCACUCGGCCAGCCCCGCCGUAAUUCACCGCGACGUCAAGAGCGCCAACGUCAUGAUCGACGGCAAGUGGAACGCGAAGCUGGGCGGCUUCGGGCUCGCAUUCCGGGGCAAUGUGGACGACCCGACGCGCGGCGCGGCGCGGCCAAUGCAGCCCGUGCGCGCCGUGGGGUACAUCGAGACGGAGGCCGACGCGCCGUCGCGCCUCAGUACCAAGGUGGACGUGUUCGGGUUCGGCGUGCUGCUGCUCGAGCUGCUGAGCGGGCGUCGCGCCAUCGACGUGCGUCACAAGCCCCCGAGCAUCAUCGACUGGGCGCUGCCGCUCAUCAAGCAGGGCAAGGCGCACUGCGUCUACGACUGCCGCCUGCCCUUCCAGCCGCAGUUCGCCAAGGCGCUGCGCCUCCUGGCCGCCAUCGCCGCCCGCUGCGUCCGGCGCACCAGCCUGCGCCGUCCGUCCAUGCUCCACGUCGUGGCCGGCCUGCUCGAGGUCAGCAAGCGCAUCCCCGUGCCGCGGUGGCUGGGGCUGGCCAACGCCGUCAAGCGCACCGCCGCCUGGCAGCUCCGGCACGGGCGCCAUGUCAACCGCAGCCCCGAGUUCCGCGAGCUCAUCCGCUCCCCCCGCGACCGAUCGCAGAGCGCUGCGAAUUACGCCGGCGACGAGUCGCAAUUCGGCUCCAGGAGCUCAAGGCACGGCGCGGUCAAGCUGAGCUUCGGGCAAGGGGCGGUCGCGACCGCUCGCGUCGCGUCCAUGGACCGAGCCAAGCCCGCCAAGCUGCCGGUCGUCGUCGACACCCCCCGGGAGACCGCGCGAGCGAGCUCCGCGGACCGCCUCAGCAGCAAGAGCAAGAGCUUCGUCGCGGAUUCGGGCGAGAUGGCGCGCGCCAGGUCCAUGGACCGGCUCAAAGAUCGCAUUCUUGAGCACAUCCGAGGUGCGUCGCAGGGGAAGGAGCCGGACGUGAGCAAGGAGCUGCCGCGGGAGGUGCUGGAUCUGUCGCAGGGCGGGCGCAAGCGGACGUACAAUCAGUGGAGGAACCCGGUGUUCGACGCCCGGCGGUCCCCUGAGAGGGUCUUCUACCCCACGGAUUUGUCGCUGCGAACCACGCAGCGUCCCGCUGCGCCGGACGGCGCCAUUCCUCUGAUCACGGCCGAGGAGGCGCGCGCCGCUCGCGUGGACCCGUCGGCGUGCAUGCCCCACCAAGCGCUCAGGGUCACGACCAAAAUCCGGUCGCGAUCCGUCAAAACGUCGACGCGCAAGUCGCACCUGCGAGCGCGCGCCAGCUUCGAGAGAGAGGAGGCUCUUCUUCCGUGGUAGACUUCUGCCCCUCCUCCCCUGCCUCUGCCGAAUCCCGUUUCUCGAGCAUCUGUCCUCGUCGUCCACUCUCGAUCGAGCUCGAGCAAGCGCUCGAUUCUGUAUCGAAUGGGAUUGGAGGAAACCUUUGGCUGAAGCAGCACAUCGUUCGAGAAAAUUCCGGAUGAAGGUGCUCUCUACUGCUCGACUGAUCCUCAGAGUCAGGAGGCGAGGGAGGCGAGGCAGGCAAGGAAGGCAGAACGAGUACAUAUUACUCUGUAUUAUUAAGAUUACGGUAACCGUAGGUCAUACGUAGUUUGUACAAUACUUGAGCAUGUAUAGUCCAUUUUUCCCCUCAGCUCAGCCCAUUCAUCGCUGGGGAUGCGAUUGAAUCGGGAACGAAAGCAGAGUGAUGAAACCGGAUCGUCGUUCCAGCGGAGGAAGCUGUCAACGUGAGACAUUAAUUGGAGUAGGUGUAGAAGUAGCAAGUACUGUAGCCUCUUUCAUGCAGAGGAUUAGACGGGCUACGAAGAGAAGAGAAGAGAAGAGAAUAGAACAGAACAGAACAGAAGGGUCGAUUUCGUAAGGUCUAAAUUGAAGCCAUCGAGAUCCAGCGUGCUAUAUCGCAACAGGUUAGUCGCUCGACUUUAGAGUCGCAAAAUAAUUCCGAAUCCUCUACUGUAUCAACCACUUUUCUCUUUCCAGUUACAUAACCUAUCCGGGUGGAAGUCGAGACUUUUCACCAUCGGGGCAAGAGCACGUUCUUCUUCUCAGCAGCU